AUGCAAGCUGUCCGCGUCCACCCAUCCCCAUCCGACCCUCCAUACUCCGCAACAAACCCAGCCCCAUCAACAGCCCUCGAAAUCGACACCAUCCCAAUCCCAACCCCAACCCCAGGCCACCUCCUAAUCAGCAUCAAAGCAACAACCAUCAUCCGAGACAUGCUCACAUGGCCUGAGACAUACUCCCACCCAUACGCAAUCCCAGGCCACGACUUCUCGGGCAUCGUAGCCGGCCUCCCACAGGGCCCAGACUCGGUAGCUCUAAAUACCCUUUAG